AUGAGCCUGAACCUGCGUCGGAUCGUUGUAACGGUGGUCGACGGCGAGAAAGCCAUGCCAGCAGUCACCGCGUCGGCGGUCGUAGAAAUUCCAUCGUGGGACGUUGAAGGGGAGCUGUUUGCUCGGUACAUGGGCCGGUGCAGUCUAUAUGCACUUGAGCGACGGCGUCCAUCGUCGACAUCCCAAGUCCAGAAGUGGCAGCCGCCUAGCUCCACUUUCGUCACCACUUUGAGCCGUCAAAGAGCUAAGUUUGGCUGCAACGUGGUCAUCCUGAGCGUGGCAGGAACUGCUGGUGUGAUUGCAGAUGCCCAGGUGUGUUGUUCCACGUCGGCAGCUGCUGCGACUGCCAUGGAUGCACCUAGCACCACGACCAAGUCACCUUCGACGUCGCCGAUUUUGGCGCAAGACUACUACUCGAUCGCCAAAAGUCCCCCUCGCUAA